CGAUAACACAGCGACGGCUCUGUAUAGUCGCCUCCUUCGCAAUAUUCACUUGAUCGUGCGUGUAUUAUAGUCGCGCAACAGUCGCAUGUACACGUCCGUGAAACACGUACCCACAGCCGGCGUGUAUUUCAGCAGUUCAUCGCGUCGAUUACGGUACGUAUAUUUUUUUCUCAUUUAAAGGCAUCCGAUUUUUCGAAUCUCUAAUACCUAGUAUACCUAGUAAUGCAGUCGGUAUAUUAAAAUAUAAUCGUACCAAUUGUAUUUCAUUUCCUACAAUAUUUCGUUGGUAACCGGUAUAGGUAUUUAUUUCGCGUUUUGAUUUUUUUUUGCUCGCCAUUUACCGCGAGCUACGCAAGAAACUUGUAGCAAUUGAUUACAAUAUUAUUUGAUUAAAUUCAAUACCUACUUUACCGGCGGACGAGAAAAGAAAGUGUAUAAUAUUAUGUUAAUUUUGUAUGAUUUUAAUUCCUGUUUAAGUGCAGGAUUUUAGGUACAAAAUCAUCCGGGGGAAGGGGGAAAUUCCCAUUCAAUUAAAUAAUAAAAAUUAAAAGCACUGUUGUAAUAUUUCAUGUUUUAAACCGUAUGAAUUGUGUAUGUUCAUAUUACUCGAAAACUAAAAUUUAUUUUGGGUUUUUUUAUUAGUUAUAGAUAGGUAACCUAACUCAUCUAUAAUUUUAUUACAAAUUGUUAUAUUGUAAUAGGAUCUUAAGAAAAAAUAAAAUCACAAUUUCACGACAAACUAGUGUUAGUGACAUUAUUUAAAUAACUUCUUCAAACAUUCGAAAUGAACGAACAUAUUAUAUUAUUAUUAUAUUUUAUAGGUACCUAGGUACCGUUUGUACCAAUUAUUAUUAUCGAUCAUAUUUCUGUAAGAAUACCCAUCAGAUAUAUAUAUUACGAAAAACUUAACCUAACUUACUUAUAUUAUUAUUGUAUUUUUACAAUACUACAAUUUUUUUUUCACAAUAUCAUAAUAUAUGACGCAUACUUUAACAGAUAAAUUGAAACUUAAAAUCGAAGUAUUCGUAUUGUGUGUACCUACCUAAUAAAAAAAAUUCUAACAGUUAGGUAACGGUACCCCGAUACACGUUCUAUCUUACGCUGAAUGGCUUAUGCUUUCGAUUUUGUUUUUCCUUCUUUUGAAUAAUAAAUUGAUGUCAUUUACUAUAAUAAUAAAUUAUAGAUAGAUAGGUAUGAUUCAUAAUAUUUCAUUGUAUGAAUCAUUAUUUUAGCAAUACGAAUUUCAAUAUCCCACCGUAAAAAAAAAAAAAAACAAUGUGUGCGUCCAUCCUUGUGUAGGUAGGUAGGUUAGGUAAAUAAUUAUUAUCCACUUGUGGUGUGGGAUGUUAAGUACACACACACACACACACACACUUAUCAAUCGGCAAUGUUUUGAUUUCGACUAUGGUAGGUUAGGUUUAAAAACGAAAUAAUAGGUACUCGCACUAGUGUUAGUUAAGCCGGGUUCACACUGGGUAUAAUGACUAUACCCCGUGCAGCAUGAUUCUAUUGAGUGUAUUAUAAUAAUUAUUAUUCGACUCCCGCGGUACGGUGUUUUUUUUAUAACAUGAAUUACAUUCGACUCGUCGUCACAGAUAACGUGUUGCCAACUUUUUUUGCAAUAUUAUAAAAAAAUGAAAAAAAAAAAAAAUAUAUUGGCGACACGAUGUGAAUACGUAAUAUGAAUUUAAAGAAUGUCCCAUAUGAGUUUCUUAUCGUAUCGCAAAACGCACGACCCAAGCAUUAUUAUUAUAAUAAUAUUUUAUAUCGAACUGAGCGCAGUAAUAUUAUAACAUUUUGUAGAGUGUAUCUACACCCUCCUAUGUAAUAAUUACCUAACUUUCUACGUUUGAUAAAAUGUUUUGCUUAAUUCUUCAUACCUAUCUGUAAACACUCAAAACUACUUACGUGUUUUAAUGUGUAAAAUAUUUAAUCUGAAUAACGUCAGAAGUGUAUAAUAUUAUACAAUAUAAUUAUAAUAUUGUAUAAUAUUGUGUAUUAAUACUUUCGGAUAGAAGUCUUGUUAGGAAAAAAAAAACAGUUUCUCAUAAUUGGUGGCGGCUCGUCAUUGUAAUAGUAGUAUAUAUGACAUAAUUUAAUUUUCUUUGAAUCGAACCUCGUGAUUUUAUUUUUUUUUUUUAUAUUGUUAUACGAGUAUAGAUUACACGACCAUAUAAUUUAACCACAUUAUACAAUUUAUAGUGAUAUAAUAUUGUGAUAAUUAUAAUAUAAUUAUACAAACGGUGUUUCGAACUGUAAACUAAUUUAAUUUUGCACCGUAAUAUUUUAUUUAUUUAUUAUUCGUAAUAAUACUUUAUCAAUCUAUCGAAAUUAUAAAUGAUUGUAUUUUAUGUACCAGAUAAGAGCCGUGACGAUUACCGUAGCUGAUAAGAACCGUCGGACGACGUCGAAAAGGGACAAUAAGGAACCGUAGAUUCCGGGACUCGCAAAUGCAUAAAAUAAGCCAGUGACCAAUAUACCAAAAAGCAGAAAACACGGUGACGGUGGUGUGUUACUAGCGGUCUCUGUCGGUAAUUGCGUGCUGUUUUCGAACGCGUGCAAUUGUGCGCCAUUUUCUCCGGUCGUCUAUUUGCCCCACCUAAGUUCAUUCGUCUCUACGCGUUUAAGGGUAAGGAACUCGCCUUGCCGCUACCGCGAUACUAUUGGCUAUCAAUCCUUUUUUUUUUCUAUUAGGAAUAUUCAUUAGAUACAUUAUGUACAAUGCUCUAAUUUCGCCGACAUGCUUUUUUCACGUUGAAUGUUAUUAUUAAAAUUUUAUUUUUCCGUGUAUUCAGUACCCAUUUCUCAAAGGGAUUUUUAGUAACAUCUGUUUUUCAGAACGUCAUCCAGUGUCGACUUUCAACCUACAUACUUCAAAAAUCCAAAAAUCGACGACUGCAGUCCCUUUCAGCCCUAACUUGUCAGUGACCCUUGGAUAAUUGUUCACAUUCGAAUGUGUUACGGGAUUGUAACGAUCCUGUGACGUCAAGAGUAGUUUCUGUUCUGUUUGCUCAUCAUGCUGGACAUUCAAAUCGACGAUUGGAUUUGUGAACCGGCUGAAGACGUGAGGUACAGUAGCAACUGCGGCGGGGCGACCGUAAGAUCUUGGCGCAGCAAAUGCGAUCCCGGCGAAUGACGUCCCACAACUAUAACCCUCAAACGCCGCAAACGACCCAGGUGAUAAUGACCGACCUUGUGGCUAGGUUUAGCCGAAUGUUGCGUUUGCAUGGAACCAGCCACAAAAAAGUCAAUCACCAAGAAGAUCCAGUCUGUACGCCUCUUCACAGUAAGUACCUAAUUAAUAUUUACAUACUUAAUAUGGUAUAUACAUUCUUCUUCGGCUUUUUCUCAACUAGGUAUUUGAAGUCUGCUACCUUUGUUCUAAUCUUCCACUUAAACAAAAAUCCCACCACACUGGGAUUCACUGUCUGGCUUCAUAUCAUUCUCAAUCACCUAUUUUCUGCUGUGGUUAUUUUCAUUACAACGCUUAUUGGUUCAGAUUUCUCUUUCCAUAUGACAUGCUUAAACCAUCUAUUUUCUCUCAUUUUGUGUCUGCUAUCAAAGUCAUGCCUAUGUUACGUCUUAUGUAUGCAUCCCUUAUUCUAUCUUUUCUUGUCUUCUCAUCUACUAAAGCAUUCUUAUAUCUGCUAUACUCAUUCUCUGUUCUAUUUUACUGUCUUAUCGCCCAACACUCUGAACCAUAUGCAUAGUCAAUCUCACCACACUUCUCUAAAACUUAACUUAAAGUCUUAUUGGAAUCUUCUUGUCACACACAAAGUCCCAUUUCUUCAAGUUUCUUCUCUCCGUUCCUCAAACUUCUUGUUAAUUUAUAUAAGAUUUUUUCCUAUAAAAGCUAUACAUAUAAAACAUCUAUAAACACCGUCUGAUUAAGUCUUGUUUAGAGCUCCUUAAACUGUUUGAUAUAUUUAUCGCAUCUUACAACAGUUAAAUAUAUAGUGAAUAUAUUCUGAUCUUUUACAGGGAAUAUGGUAUCUACAUUAAGUUUUAAUGUACUAAUUUUUGUUAUUGUGUAUGUAUAGACAGUCAAAUUUGUAUCCAGAUUAAAGUUGUAUUCAUAAAUAGUUAGUAUUAUAAUGUGUAAAAUUAAUUGUAGUUUGGUUAUAAUCGGAGUUAUAAUAGUUUAAAGUUGGUUUUAAUUAGGUACACCAGAACCCAAUUUUAUUGUGUUAAAAGCGCAUACCUAGGGGUUUUUAUAUUUUUAAAGUAUUAUACAUAUUUACCUAGAAAUUUACUUAAUUGCUUAUUGGCAGUUAGGAAGAAUCUAAUGUUACAUUGAUAAUCUCUAGUCAGUCAAAAUAGUUCACGAUAAGAAUUUAUCAGUUGGUUUAUGUUGUUAUAAUGUGCCUCAAUAGCUUUUAAAAACCUUAUAAAAAAGUAGUUGUUCAUUAUCAUUUUUAACUUAUUUUGAAUAAAUUAUCAGUUAUUGAACAUCCUAACAAAUUUUACUUAGGUAUCUACAUUGUAUCUUACUGAGUUCGGAACAAAAUAUCCUUUUUUAACUUGAAAUUUUUCUAAACUCAACAAUGUUAUUAAUAUUUGUAUAUAAAUGAUUAAGUAAUUAGAAUUAAGUACCAAAUUAUUUAAUAUUUUUUUUAAAUAAUUAAUUGAAAUUUGUAUUAUCUUUUUAUCAUGAUUUAGGUAUAUUAAAAAAUAAAUGUACCUAUACAUAUACUGACAUCUAUAUAAUGUUCAAAAUAGUAGAUUCAUUUUUAUAAUUGAUAGUUUAUACGAAUGUAUCAUAAUUUCAAAAUAAAAAUAAAUAAUUAUUUUAAUUAACAAUUUAAGUAUCAUAUAUGUUUUUAUGUUUGUAGGUAGUUAUGUAUUUAUAAAUGAAAUAAAUACAUUACAAUUUUAUCUGAAAUUAUAAAUUUUAUGUUUAUUAAAACAGGUUAACUGCCAUGUGAUUUUUUUGGGGUUUUGGUGAACUACUUACUGACACCACGAAAUUUUUUGACAAGUUUACUGAAAUUUUUUUUGGUAAAAAAAUUGAAUAACCGCUUCAAAAUAUCACACAUAUGUUUAAUAUGACAUUUUAAAUUCAGUUUACCCAUUACCCCUAAAUAAUGUUUAAAAAAUGCAUAACUUUAAUUUAUAUAUAAAUAAUAAUAUUAUAAUAUAGGUACUAUGAGGUAAUUUAUGUAUUAAACAACUAAUAUUAUAAUCAAAUUGUUUGAAUUAAUUGUAACAAUUUCGUUCUUUAUAUAGAUAAUACAUUUCAAUUUUUAAAUACUGUAAUCAAAUUUUGAUAAAAAUAAUAACAAAACCAUAAAUAUAUAGUAAAUUAAAAAUUAAUAAUAGUACCAAUUUUGCUCUUUAUAUAGGAACUUGACAGUUAUUUCUCACUAGAAAGACUGCACUUAUAUUGAAUACUAUAUUUUCAAAAGUCUCAUUACUUUAUAUAAAUAAUAAUUAUUAACAACUAAAAACAUUGUAUAAUAAUUAUAUCAGAUCAAGGUGUAUUGAAUAUUAAAUUUUAUAAGCUCAAAUCAUAAAAUAAAAUUGUUUUAUAUUAUAUUACUUUGUGAUCUAGAAAAAAACAUUCUAAACAAAAAUAUUUAUCACAUUUUGUUGUGGUUUUCUUCGAGUGUGACUUAAUAUUUUUUUCCUUUUUGUAUACCUAGCCAUUUUUUUAUAGCAUUUACAACAUCUACUUUUGAAGCUUUUUCUAGUUAAUGAUUAACAUUAGUAGUUAUCAGAUAAAUAAUGAAUUCAUUAUCUAAUUUAAUUAUAUUGUCUACUAAAAGGGAUCUAAAUGUAAUAAUUGACAUUUUGUUGGGUCGAGUCACUUGAGUUAACAAAACAAAUGUGUUAACCAUAGCUAUAUUUAGAAGAGUAUCUUUUACAAAUUUUUUUGUACCAUUUAACAGUACGGUGUUAUGGAUUUGAGUGAGAACUCAUUUGAUCAAAUAAAUUUGAGGAUUUACUUAAAUUAUAAUCUAUCACAACUUUUAGUUUCUUUACUGUUUUGCCAAAAAUUUUUAGCUCUGUCAUUUCAUUAUCAUGCAUAAUUCUCAUUUAUCUCACCAUUUUAAAACUAAUACAUUUGAUGCAUUUCUCAUUGAGAUAAUUUCACCCUUCUUUAAUUUUUUGUUUGUUACUUCUUUUGGAUUUGAUUUUCUGUUCCUUUUUAGAGUACCAACUAAAUGUGUUUGUUUACUGUUGAAUUGUUCUGUAAGUUCAACACUGGUAUACUAGUUGUCUACAACAACAUUACAGCCAAAAUGUAAAAAUGGUUCUGAAAGUUUUCGAACAAUUUUUGAUCCAACAUUAAAAAUAGGAUUUUCUUCUUUGACACAAUACAUCUUUACAGUAAAUGUAUAACAGGGAUGGAUACACAUAAUUUAAAAAGUUUAGUUCCGAAUUUGUUUCUUUUAUUUUUAUGUAUUUGAAUGACAGUCGAUCUAUAAAUUUGAUAAGAGAGAGAUUCAUCAAUAUAAAUUGUUAAAUUGGGUAUAUUACACAUAUUAGAGUUUAUCAUAACAUCAUCAAUUAUAGUGUCUUGUUUGCCAAAAAAACAUCAAUUAGCUUGGUGAUUUGAAAUGUCUCCAUCAAAAAUUGUUUCAUCUUUAUAACAUAAUAUAAUAAAGAAUUUCAGAAUAUAUAUUAUUUGUGGAAUUUGGUAAACAAUGUUUAAAAAAUUAAUAAAAUUAAAUUGUAACAAUAUUGUACAAAUUUAAAAGAAAGAAAGAGGUUUGAGUAUAAUAAUAUUUUAGUUGAUUGUUGUUUGCAUUAUCAUUAUUAGUAGAUAAUAGGUAGUCAUUGUUACAAAAAUCAUCUUUAAAACAGUACUUUAAACACUGAAGUUCACAAAUUGUGACCACAUUUCAUAAAGAAGAUAAUAGAAUCAUUUAAAUUUACAAUAUUGUGAAACAAUUAAUUAAAAAUAAAUAAAUAAUGAUAGUCAUCUGCUAUAUUAACGGAAUUAUAGUGGCAUUAUAGAAUUCAAAUCUGCUAUUAAAAUUAUCAAAAAUGUGUUUGGCAAUUAGGGUUCAAAUAACGUAAACAUUAAUGAGAUUCCAAAUGAAAUCUUAGAAGCAGCAGUUUUCAGUAAACUAGUUGAGAUCCCAAAUUGGAUCUCUAAGAGAUUAGAGAAAUUAGUUUAAAAGUUUGUGGCGGUUAACUUGUUAAUUUAAUUUGUAUCAAAAUUUAAAACAUUUAUUAUUAUAGCAUAUUAAGAACAUUACAAUAUAGGCCAAGUCAAUGUUUAAAUGUUAAAUACAUUAAUUGUUAUUUUAUAUUUAUCUAUAAUAUAAUAUAUAUAAUAGGUGUACGAGUUUAAAAAUAAUUAGGUAGAUACCUAAUAAAGUGUACAGCAGUUUAUCUAAUGAUUUAAUUAAAAUAAUAAUUUUGAGUUGUAUUUGAAUAUAUAAAGAAAAUGAAAAAUGUUUCAAAUAAAUUUAAAAAUGUAUUUUAUUCUUAUAUGAUUUGUAUUUUAUUAUUUAUUAUUGUUUUAUAUAUAAAUGUAAUAUAAUUUUAUAAGGUGGGCAAAUACUUUUUAUAAUUCUUAAUAAUUUUGAUUAAUUUCAGAAAUGAAUUGCAUCAUACUAUAAAUUAUUAAGUUAUACCUAUUAAUUAUAUUAACUUUUUUGAGAAAAUAGGCGUGUGUGUUUUAAUCUAAAAGGAAAAAAUCUAAAAAUACAUAUUUAAAUUCUAAUGGAAGGAAGUGAUUAAUAAUUUAACCUUUAAUCCUUAACUUACACCUAAAGUAUAAUAUGAUUUCUUGCUUUAUUUUUACUUUCAGAAAAACAAAGAAAAUACCCAGAAGAGAUAUUUCUCUGGAGUGUCCCUUUCUAAGAAAAAUAUUCAAUGGCAUAGUAUUAUAAGUCAUUAUGUCUGUUAUGGUUUAAACUGGUGGAAGAAUUGAGUUUUAAAAUAAAAAUAAUUAAUGCUAGUUUUUUAAAUAGGUCUUAACAACUUAAAGUUAAUUUUACAGCAAUAAAAAAUAAUGUAUCAUCUAUAAGUAAUUUGGUUGUACACUAAUAUCAGUUAUAUACAUAUGUUAGGUAUAUAUUUACUAACAAGUUAGUUCCUUAAUAUUUUUUUAUCAUUUAAUAGUUUAUUAUUUAUUGUAUAUAAAAAAAAGUAAUGUCUGCCAAUUGGAUAUUGUAUUAUUUGGAUUUUUAACUUGAAAACACAUAUUUAAGAGGGUGUUACAGAUAAACAAGUAGUAUAAAAAAAAAUGUGUUCCGCGCUUCCAAUAAUACUUAAGAUCAUUUCAUCAAAUUAAAGACGAUUAUAUUUGCUAUGUUUUCAAAUGGAUUCUUUUGAUAUUUAUUUCUAAGAUAUCUAAUGUAUUUGUAAUUUAAGAACCCUUGAACUUCAAAAAAAAUCCCCCUUUGAAAACAUAUAUAUAUAUAUAAUGAGUAUAUUACCGAUACAUUUAAAAAUAUGGAAUAAUUUUUAGAGUGUUUAAAAUCAUCUAAAUUACAUUUUUUUUCUAUUGAAAUUCAAGGUGUAUUCAAUUUAAACAAAAUGAAAGGCUUCCACACAAUUUAAACAUAUGUGUUUGUACACUUGUAGUUGGUGAAAAAAUGUAAUAUUUUGUGCACUCAUAAAUAGAAUUAUGUACACUAUUAGGUCACUUGUUAUUUGAUUUUUGUGGUAUCAGAAUAAUAAUGUGUAAUGUGCAUUUAAUACUAGAUAUAAUAGGAUGUAUUAAGUAUAUUUUAAAUAUAAAAUCAUAUUUUUUAAAAUAUUUAAACUUGAAAUAAUCACAUUUUAGAUUCUGAGUGUAGUGUAACAAAAAAUGUAUUGUUUUUGCAAUGAUGUUUAUUUAUUUAUUAUUUUUUUUUUAACUAUGACAAACAUUUUUAUUAGAUAUUUUGGUUUGAUACGUAAGUGUGGCACUUUUUCUGAAUGGAAAUUUUGUAUAGAUGGUACUUAAGACGGGGUAUUUUUUGAAUUUCCAAGUGGUUUAUAAUAUUUGGGAAAACUUUGGAUAAAACUUAAAAAAAAACCUGAAAAUUUACGAAAAUAAUGCUUAUAUUAUUUUUAAUUUUAUUUUUUAUUGUUAUUCAGUUUAAAAUAUUCGUAGAGAGAUGAAAUUUGAAUAGAAAAUAUAUAUUUGACCCUUACAGAUAUACAAUUUUCAAAAAUUUGUACCCAUUAUUGAGCUAUUUAUAUAAAUUUUUAUUUGUAUUCCAUAGACGGUAGUAUAGUUAUUUCAAUAAACUAACUCAAAUAAUAAAAUAGGCCCAAACAAAAACUUUUUUUUUUAUUGUAACUUUGAAAAAAAACAAUUACAAUUAAAUUACAAUUAAUUUAAGGAUAAAAAGAUUAAGGUAAUAAUAAUUGUAUCAUUCAUGCCUAAUGAGGUCAAUUAAAACAAACAGAAUGAAGUUGAAAUAUGAUUAGGUACAAUAGAUGCAAUUGGAAAUAAUAGUAUUAUUAUACUCGUAUAAUAAUUAAAUAGAGAUAAGCAAAAAUAAAUGCUACGGACUAUGGAGUAUAGCGUUUUUGUUGUAUCUCUGUGAGGAGUGAUAUUAGUGGUUCAAUUAAAAAAUUUAAAUUAGUGAUACAUUUUGAUAACAUUGACGAGACGAAAUUUUAAGUUGGAUUGUUGUUUGUGACAGCUUCUGCUUAUGAUCUCGUUCUGGGCUUAGUUUGAGCGUCUAAUUUAUAAUUAGCGGUAUGUACGCCAGAGCAUAAAGCAUAUUUGGCCGGUAAAUCACGUGAUUUGUUGUAUUCUUCGGUUAAGUGGUUCAGGCUACACUUGUCGCAGCGAGAAGUAUGCGAACAAUAACGAAGCAUGUGCUCGUAUGAUCAGCACUGCUUACAUUGCAGCUGAUAACGAAUUUUCUUUGGUUUUUCGAUGAUGACUAUGAAAUGAAGUAGUUUUUUCAGUUAAAAAACGUCCAUGCUAAACUCGUUGCCAAGAUUAACGUUGAAAAGUGAUAUCGAAAAUUUGAUGGUCCUAUUUAAAUUAUGUUCAAUGCCUAAGACGGAGAAACCUAUUUCUGUUAAGGCCGCUUCAAUAUCUACUACGGAAGUAGAACGAUAUUGGUGACGAAUUAUGCGGUCAACACAGCACUGCAAACAAAAACUUGUUCAGUUAUUUUAUUUCUUUGAAAUUAUUUUUAAUUUUCGUAAACAAAUAAUUAUCUUAUGAUAAUUCUAUUGUGUGAGUGAUAAUGGAAUUAUAAUAGGUUUGCUAUAAUAGUAUUUACUAAUUCGUAAUUUUAGUGUGUGUAACCGGGUUUUAACCGAAUUAAUGGUUUAUUCGGUCUAACGAUUACAAAUAAACUAUUUUCUUAUUUAAAAAAAUGAUUGUAUAUUUAUAGCGUGAGAUUGAAAUGGUGAAGUGCCUUAAAGGGCCUUAAUCUCUCUUUCCGGGUGUAUCAAAUAUAUCAACUGAUCUUAAGAGUGAAUCUGGCGAUAAUAUUCUGAAAGUUAAUUUUUUGUCUGCUUCAUUAGUUUUAUAAAAUGGGAUGUGCGCCUAUAAUUUACGUUAUAACAAAAUUGUUGAAAUUUUCCAACGGCUAUACGAACAAAAACUGUAAAAGUUCGUUGAAAUGCAAAUUUUAUUCAAAUUUCUAAAAUUUUUUUAAAUUAGAUUCUUGAAAUUUAUAUUCCUAUCACUGAUUAUUAUCUUCUAGAAUUUAGACGUGAUGUAAUUUUCGAAAAAAUGUACGGUUUGAAGGGGACUACACAAUAAAUUUGUUUUUCUUUGUCAGUCUCGCUCGUAGUAUCUCGGUACCUAAUAAAAUUUGAACACAGGUGUUCCGCAUUUCAACGGUUGCGACUCUGAUUGAUUUUAGUGCGAAAUGACCUAUUAUACAUUCGAUAAAAAAAAAAAAAAAUAUUUACCGUGUCGUGACUUACUGUUUUUUUUUUUAAAAAUAUUUUAAUUAAUUAAUAAAUUAUUAUUGUUUAUUAUAUAUUAUCUAAAAUGUAUUGAUACAAACCGAUUUUAAAAAUAAUAUCUUGUAUAAAUACAUUUUAGAUAAUAUAUAACCAAUUAGUUUAUGUUUCUUAUCAUAUCUUUUUCUAAUAAUAAUAUAUUUUUAAAUAAUCUCUCCUAUUAUAAUAAAUUAUUUCUAUGUAAAACGACCAAUUUGUAUAAUUUUUUUUCUAUUUAUUCCUUCAUUUAAUUUUUUAUAUUCAGUCGUGUUUUACAUUUUGACUGAUGAUGAAUUUUUAAUUCGAAAGUGAAUAAUAUAUCAUUAAUUAUUAUUACAUAAACAAUUAAUUACUAGUCGUAAUAUUUUAAUAUUUUAGACUUAAUGAAAUAAUUAAAUGCAAUUAAAAAUAUUAAUAUUAACAAACAAUAUUUAUAAUAAAUUUAUAUGAAUACAAUAUAACAUGCGACGCACACGUGAUAACACAAAUAUUUUAUCACUACUAGUAAGCACUAAGCGCUAUCACCAGGCGGUGACACGUUGCGAGUGCGAUCACGAGUAAAGAAGUCUUGGAGGGUUAGCCACUUGUUGUUAAGAAAUAGAAUGACGUUCUAUUCACUCGCACUCGCGUUUUUACUAAUACUAAGCGCUAUUCAAUCGCCUAUCGGUUUUUACACGUAUGGUAUUAGUGCGAGGGACAAGUACUAUACAUCGUGUAAACCAGGCAUAAUAAUUUCCUUUCGAUAAACGAUGGACUACGACGUACAUUUUUUGUUUGUCGCGAGAAAAGGAAAUUAUCUAGAUACCACCUCUCCUCACCCCCUAUUUAAAUUAUCAGAAUACUCAUCUCUUUUAGUGAAGAUUAAACCAAAUAUACGUGUUCAGCGCCACUGCGCAUGACAAUGAAAUAUCGAUUUUUGUUUGUACCUAUAAUAAUAUUUUAAAUUCAACUUGUAUUCGAUACGUCUUUCAAUGUUGAAUAUCCUUGGAUGUCUUUGACGAAGCAUAUUUUGGAAUGUAAUUAAGUGCUAUACUUUUUAUUUUAUCAACAGCAUUUCGUUGUAAUCGCCUUAAUUUUUAACAAAAACGUUACAGUUUUACGUUUCAAUUGUAUUAUUACAAUAUGUUGGUAUAAUAUAAUGUCUGUUAAUAUUUUUAUCAAUGAUAUUUUUCGUUUUAUAUAUUUAGCAUCUAGCGCGAAUGUUUUAGACGAAAGAGAUGACGAUGUUAUUGUUCAGUUUAUUAAUAUUCGAUUUCAACGCGUACCUAUAUAAUAUAUACGUGUCCAAAUUUGUUGAACAUAGGAUUGGAAGUGGUAUAAUACGAUUAGGUUAAGAUUAUAAUAAUUCGACUAAUAGACUUAAAAUUCAGCAGCCCGAUGUAAAAAGCUUAUGUAUAAUAAUCGGAGAGUGGCCAACUAGAAAAUCGUUUUCUAUCGUAAAAUAGCGCGUUUCGUAAAAACGCUUAUAAGAAGAGUUAUAAUAAUAUAAUAAUUAUAUAAGAAGAGCUUAUAAGAUGAUAAGAGAAUCCACUCACUUAUAUUGUUCACUCUCUAGUCCAAGAACUAUAGGUGGAGGAAUAAACUAGAUGAAGUGUUAUAAUUGGCUGUCCUCAGGUCAGAGUGUUGUUAUCUAUCACGCCUUGAUCUACUACCAGUCCAUAUCUCUGGGUCCAUAUGGCUACGCCUCCCCAUUCUCUGUGCUAAUGUCCCGUCUGUAUAUCUAUAAGUAUGACUGUAUGAGUAUAAUACACGUGUGUCACGAAAUUAAAUUACGGUUUUUUUUUUUAUGUAUACAAAUUAAUAAUUAUUUUAUUUGCUUUUAUUUUUUGAUUUUUCAAAUAACAUUUACAUUCUCACGGACCGCCUAUAUUAGUGUUACCAAUCCAAAGUUCAGAUUAUAAUAAAUUAGCGUUUGCUAUUUGUUUAUGUUUGGUAAAUUUUACUUUUAGACAAAUUUAAAGUUAACCUUCCGUAACACCAACAUGUAAACACUUACGAUAAUCUGAUUAUUUAAUACGUUUUAAAUAAGUAUUGAUUGGUUGCGUUCGAAAAAAAACAAUUUUGAUUAUUGAAUAAUAUAUUUAAUCGGGGAUGAAAAUAUUUUAUGAGAAUUUUGGUUUUCGGUUUUCGAUUUUUUUUUUUUUUAUUUUAUGAUGUUUCUUACAAUUACUACUACAUCAGUUUGCUAAACUAUUGAUUUUUUAGAAUAUUUUAAAAUCAGUUAUAUCUAGGUAAAAAUUAGACAAUAUAUUAUAAUUAUAAAUACACAUAAUGUAUUAAAAAGAUAUAAAUAUGAAAACAUGCUGUGAUUUCGGUAAAAAUGUGCAUCAUGCAUAAGUUAAUUUGAAAAUCUCCAAAAAUGAUACGGGGAAAAUAAUAAUUGUACUGUAAUUACAAACUGGAUAUUUUAUUUUAUAGAAUAGAUAAAAAAAAAACACGAAAAGUUGAAAUACACGUAGGAAAUUAAAAAAUAUGCGUAAAUGAGUAUUAAGUUCUUUAUUUACAGAUUUUACAGAUAUAUUUUUUUUAAAAUUUAUUCGAUAUUUAAUAUUUUUAAUACACUUUUUUUUUAUUUUUUUUAAAGCUCAGAUUUCGUGACGUAAGAUUUACUUCAAUAAUAUUUUACCGGUAUUAAUGUAUUAUUUAGUUAGCUGAUGUUCAGUACAUAUGCGUUUUGUUGAAUCUAACCUAUCCAUAUAUUUUUUUGUUUUUUUUUUUCUUUUUUAGAACAUUUAAAAGUUAUAGUCCCGUUCUUCAUUUUGAAUGUAUUAUUUUUUAGAGAAUAUCCGAAUGGACCAAAUCUUCCUAUUUACUUUUGGAUUUUCUCCAGUUAUCCUUCUCCCCCACCAGUGAUAUCAGUGUAUUUCCUACACGUAGUUUAUAAAAUUUUGUUACAAAAUCUAUUGAAUCAUAAUUAUCUAUCAUUUAUUUUUUAUCGGACCCACAGUAAGCAAAAUCGUAUUUUUACCGGGUAUUCAUUUGGACACAGAAAACCUCUGCACAAAAAAAAAAAAAAAAAAAAAUGGUCCGAUUUAUGGAAUUAUAGUAUUUUAUAUCUGUUUUUUGUUAUUUUCGUGAUCCACCAAUAAGAAAAUAAAUAUAUUCGCCAUAUUAUUUUUUUGAAUAUUUUUUUCGAUUAUAAUCAGUUAACAUAGUAAGACUUAUGUACAUACAGAAAACCGGACGUGCCUGAACUCCGAAGUAUAUGCCCCUCCAACGACUCUUCUUAUACUUACAACCGACGACGGUGCUCGAAAUGAUUGCCAUAAUUUAUUAUAUUGGUAGCUUCAGUGCGUCACUACGACACAAUGUCAUUACACUUAUAUAGGUUCAUUUCUUCGAGUAGGUCCGUCGAUAUUAGACGUUACGUCUGUUCGGUUUUUUUUUUUAUUUUUUGGUAUUUUUUUGUUUUUUGUUUUCAGAUUUCGUUUGCAUUAUAGGUGAAUACCAUAUAUUUACUUAACUUCUUUGUAUGCGCGAAUUAAGGCGGUCAAUUAAUUUUCGAGACACAUACCUCUACUUCUAUAUAAUAAUAUAAUAGUCGGUCAUCGUAAUAACGUAAUGUGCAUUGCUAAAGGCGGGAACGAAGAAUCUAUAGCAUAAUAUUUUGCCGCAGUGUUAAACGAGUUUCUGGUAACUAGUAUUUAGAAAAAUGUCCGUCCAUAAACUGUUAUAACGACUGCCGUCGUGUCUUUUAUUCCCGUCUACUUCUGCAUUAAGUGAGUGUAGUUUGUCACGUGGAUACUACUGUUUCAAUAAAAACAAAAACAAAACGUCUAUAGUGGGAAUAAUAAUAAACCGUUAACAAUACUUUUUUUAUAUAUAUUACUCGAAUUAAAAAAAAAAAAUCACGCGUGUAUUUGUAUCAAUAAUUAUAAAUCGGUAUUGCCUUUCACGGUUUUUAUUAAUAAUGUCUAGCAAUAACAACAACAACGACGGUAUGUGUUUUGACGAAUAAAGAACGUACUAUAUAUAUAUUAUACAUUAUAAUUAAUUAUUCUUGUGUAUAUUUAAUAUAUAUUAUACACUAUGUUUAUUAUACGUAUAUAUUCAAAUUUUAUUUUUUUUAAAUUUUUUUUCAGGGCCAAUUAAGGAAUCCAAUUUCGACGACGAUAACCCGUCUGUUGAUUAUGUCGACAUUGUUGGUACCGAGGAACAAUUGGUUAGUAAUAUUUGUGUUCACUGUAUAUUAAUACUAUUAUAAUACGCUAUAAAUAACAAUUAGUAAUAAUGUAUCGAUAAUAUUCCGUCAUUAUUGUUUUCUUAUUGAAUAUAAUCGAGAGUAAAUGAUUUAUGUGCGGCUUACGUUAAAUUAAUAGUGAUCAUUUUUAUCUAUCUAUCGGUUUUCAAUAAAUUACCGUAAUUACUAAGUAUACAAUUUAUAGGUAAAAACUAUUGUCGGCUUCGUUAUCAAUUCUAAUUCGUUUAUAAAUGAAAUAAUUAUAGAUAAUAUAUAACGAUAUUAAUUAUUGUACGCAUAAUUAAUAAAUAAUAACAAUAUUGUUAAACUAAAUUUAUAAAAUAGUCUUUAUAUAUAUAGGUAUAUUAAAAUUGUUAGAAUUUCGAUAGUAAAAAAUAAAAAACUGCAUAUUUUGGGGAAAUAAAAUUGAAAUUCGAAUUGAAAAAUUACAAAACUAACAAUUCUCUUUAAUUUAUCCGUCCGGAUUUUCGAACUGAGAAUUUUGAAAAACGAUUUCUCUUCGAAAUAGUGUCUGGUACCUAUAAGAGUACUUCCAAAAGUGCUCUGAAAAAAAUUAUGUUACUUAAAACUAAUAACUUGUUUCCAAAAAAUGGUUUUUGAAUAUUAGUGGUGAGCCAAUAUGUCUUUUUCCCGAUAUUCGUUACCAAUACAAAACCGAUAUUUGAAAUCGAAAACCUCCAGUUGAUAUUCCCAUUGUGAUGCCCUUGGCUUCCAGGGGUAUUAUGAUAGACAUUUAAUCCCCGGAAAUUUUAUGUCAAAUAUCGGUUAUGGAAAACACCUGAUAUUCUCAAUAUCGAUUUACGCCGAGACUCGUCACUAGACUCACCACUGCCGAUUAAGUAUCCGGGUACUUAAAAUACUCUUAUCAAAACUUAUAAACUUUACUUAUUACCUUACUCGAGUCUUGAGUGCAGUUUUGAGUGUAAAAUAAUGAACAAUAAAUAUAAUUUGCAUUAUACUUAGGUAAUAACAUUAUAACUAUACGAACAAUAAAAUUAUCUAAAAUAUAUAUUUAAGUGAUCGAUUAGCCUUAGGUGUAUUUAUAUUUUAGUGAAUUGCAAUAUAUUUAUCAUUCACUCGAGUCGACCCCCAUUUUUUUUGUCUACUUAAUAUCUUUUUUAAAAAACAAAAUUCGCAUUAAUAUCUAGUUAUAUUUUGGUUCUAUUAAUAUUCUUCUGAAUGAAAGGUCACACGACCUUUACAUUAUGUAGAAAAUUAUAAAAUAGUAUUUUUUUUUUCUAUAAAAUAUAAUGAUUUGUAAGUCGCAUUAAUACGUUUUCGUUGCUGUGUUUGAAUUCCGUUUCUCGCGGGGUUUUCUUUUUAAGCAACAAAUAAUGUUGUUAAAACCAACGAAUAAAUUAUACCGGGUGUCGCACGUAUUAUAAAUAAAAUAUUACGAUGUUACUUGCUUUUUAAAUCACAAAGACCGUAAAUCUUACGCGCGUUUUACAUGUUAUUAUUUAAUUCUGUACGGUAGAUUAGCAAAUAAUAAUAAUAUCAAACAAGUGUGCCACAGGAUGCGGACAAUUUCAUUGCAUUACAAUUUCGAUCUUCAAGGUCCAGUUAAUUAAACUACAAUACAAACCGAAAUGUUUCGUUGAAAUAUGAUUGAAGGACAUUUAUUUUGCAAAUAUCGCGUUCUUUAUUAAUUGUAAUAUACCGUCAAACGCACAAUAACGAUAUUAAUUGAGGUGACGCAAUUAACGCUUAAUAAUUAAUAACCAACGGACUUACGUGUAAAAAUUUUAAUUCGCGCGUAAAUUAUUUAGGUGUACAUUGCCUAUUGCCGGGAAAGUGAUUUUCUAAUCAGAAAUUUGGAAAAAAAAAUAAAAAUAUAUUCCGAGUUUUACAUAUUAUUAUCAUACUUACAUUUAACGGAUAUUGAUUUCAUCAAACACGUUAAUAAUCCAUUAUAUUAUUUGUAUCGAAAUAAUUUAACUGUUAUUUUCAUUACUUGCUGUGCAGUAGUAUGUUCAAUUCGGUUGUUUACACAUUCUCUAAACGCUAAUAGUUCGGCUCGUUUCUUACACAUACUGUAAGUCGAUAUACCUACUAACCAAUAAAAUACAUUAUACUUGAACGUUUUCCUAAAAAUUAAAAUCGCGUUGUCGUCGAACGUAAUAUUAUUAUUAGGUAUUAUUGUUUAAAAGUCACGUACUUAGUACACACAAGUAUUAUAAUAUCUCGUCCAUGUCUUUAUUGUAAUUUUUUUUAGUAUUUUACAACGUGAUAUUCGUAACAGUUUUUUUUUCUUCCUUAACGUUAAGUGAGGAGUAGAUGGAAGUAUUUAAGAAAAAAAAAAAAAGUACGUAUUAUGCAGUUAUAGAUAUUUCAAACAGGUAAAAAUAUUCGAAAUAAUAAAAGGCGUUUAGGUUUUUGUUCGACUAACGUUCAUUUUUCCACUGCCUGCUAAUUGUCUUAUUAUAUAUAGUUGUACUUAUUACCUAUAUGCGUUACGGUUAAUGCCGUUAUAUUUAUACUUAAACCGUUUUUGUGCUGUUAGUUUUAAUAUUAGAGUGUAUUGGCCUACCAUCAAACUUAAAGGCAAGAACAUUGUCUGUGUUUAUAUACGUUGGUUUUUUUUUCUUUAUUUUCAUUUUUAAGCCAGAUUCGAUUUUUUUUUUUUAUUGUAAUAUUUCACGUAACUCGCUAACACUCUAAUAUUACUACAACUAACUGUAUAAAAUCGAUUUUUUUUUUUACAAAAAGUAUGAAUUUAAUGAACCGUAAUGUACAUUGUAUUUAAUAUUUAGUGAACGUGUAUAUAAGUGUUUCGUAACUUUUUUUUACGCCCACUGCUCUCAACAUAAAAAAUGUCUCCGUGGAGGUCGAGAAUCACUACAUAUUGUCUGGUUGCCUAGUAAAAUGUCUUGUUUGUUUGUUUUUUUUUUUUUUUGUAUCUGUAAACAACUUUUCUGCAAGAAAUGUUAAAUCAAAAACUUUAUAGGAACUUUCUUGAAACGUUUUUGAUCUACUUGGGUGCAUUGGAGAGAAAGAGUACUUAUUGAUUUUCCUCGUAGUUUUCAUCUGUAAAGUGUGUUAAAAUCGACUUAUGAUAGGUUUUGUCGAGUAGCCGACGAUAUACGUUAUAUAAUGUGUACCAAAAAUUCGAACAUGUAUCGGAUCGGUUCGUUAUUAUAAUAUUAAUAAUAAUGAAUAAUUUGUUUGAAGUGUAAUAAUUAUAUUGUUAUAUUUUUAAUCGUGUGCGAUUCGAUUAAUAAAACACGCAAUCGCAUGAAUUGACAUUUUUUUUCCAAAUUGUUUUUAUAAUAAUAAUUAUUAUAUUCGUAAAGACGACGGCGUUUUGUGAAUACAAUCGCCGUGAUCAUGCGCAAAAAGUAUGCAAUUUUAAUUAACGCGAUCAUGAAUCGACAAUUACUGUAUAUUAUUUAUUAUUGUUAUUAUUCGAAGAGAGGUGUCAAUACACAAUACAAAAACUUAACCCAAAAAUAUAGAUACCGGGGGUCACCGCCACUCUAGCCGUUUUGUUCGUUUCAGGGUUAAAUCAAACGCCCCCUCCCCCAUCAUUAACAGAUUGUAUAACAUUGUGAAUGUUACCUAUUUAUUUCUUUUAUAUAUAUAAUACAUAUAUGUGUCGUAGCCACUUCGUGAAAUUUAUCUUUUCAUGAAAUGGAAACGGUUUUUUUACACUUAGUGAAAUUCGAAAAUAUUUCAUAAAAUGACCACUCCAAUUUAACAUUGUGUAAUUUUUUUCAAUUAUGUGGUAUACACAACUUUAUAUACUAAAAUACAACAUUUAUUACACACGUUAAGUUUGAUUAUAUCCGUUAAUUACGUGGCACGUGGCCACGUCAAAUAAAAUAAAUACUAUCUAUAUUCUAUAUUACUAUUAUACUGCAAUUACCAGACUAUCCGAAAUGUGUAUAUAUAAUAUUUAUUGGUUUUGAUAAAAGUCAUAAGCAUAAUGUCAUAUCAGUAUUUUGGUAAUACCUUGAUGUUCAAGUGUUUAGUAGUUGCUGUGUGGAUCAUUCGAUCCACUAUUCUACUCUAUACUUCUGUGUAAUAUAAAAAUGGAUACAUUUAAUGAAAAAACUGAGUUUUACUAAAAAAUGGAGAAAUAUUAUUUGGAUAAACCUGGUAAAAUGCCUCAUACAGCUGAAAAAAUGAGAUGUACAAAAGUAGGAACUACAAAUGGUAUUAUUAAAUGAUGAUUCAAUUCUGGAAAUAUGCAACAUGCCACUGAAAAUUUUAUUUUAGCUGAACAGGCUGACAAACAAAAAUAAUUAACCUUGCAUGAAAUGGUCCAAGUUUUAUCUUGGGGUCUUAAGUGUUCUAAGGUGUUUUUAAGCUGUUCAUGUAAAAAUGUUUGUCAAACUAAACGAUGUGUUUGUUUUAAAGGUAGUUUAAAAUGUAAAAGUCGUUACAAUUCAUUUUUCUACUCUAAUAAAUAAAAAAUGAUUAUAAUAUGAUUAAUAUGAUAUAAAUAGUUAUAAAUAUACUAUGUAAUAUGUAUAAUAACUUCAGUUAACUUUUAGAUAAAAAUAACUUACAUUUAUGUUUAUAAUACCGUGUAUCUUGACAAACUUGACGUGUGUAAUAAGUGUUGUAUUUUAGUACACAAAGUGAACGACCACAUUUUGAAAAAAAUUACAUGAUGUUAAAUCGGAGUGACCAUAUCAUGAAAUAUUUUCGAAUUUAACGAAGUGUAAAAAGCCGUUUUCAUUUCAUGAAAAGAUCAAUUUCAUGAAGUGGCUACGACAUACACAUACACAUAGGUAUAUAAUAUAGUUUUAUUGAGACAUUUUGGUUUUUGCAGUUUUACAUUGUUCCUCCAUCGAGUUUCUUUAUCUUGUGCAGGAUCACCUUGAUUAUCUCAAAAAGUAUUUUUCGUAAUUUUUUUAUUUAUUUAUUUUUAUUUUUUGCAUAACUCAUGAAAUAAGUAGCUUUAAAUUGUCAUAUUUCUGUUAUUUUUCGUUAAUCUUAUUCGUGGGUGGAAUCACUGCCCACUUUUGAUUUUCAAAUAGCAACCUAAAUUUAAAAUUUCAGAGAUUGAUGAGUGUUUUAGUUCGAAUACAUUUUGAUGUUGAACUAUUUGUUUCAAAGUUUUUUAAGUAUUCCGAAAAAAAUAAAUACUUUCCGAGAUAUGAAUCUGAGGGUUGAUCAUACUGUAUAUUGUCUAGCAAUUCACAUUUUCAUUGACUUUUGAGAUUUUUUUUAAUACCCUAGCAACCAUCCAUCGCUGACUUAGUCUUACCCUUAGCCUACUUUUUUGUGGGUGUCUCAUUAUAGGACAUUACGUAUAAAAAAUGGUCCACACGACCCACUCCAGUCGUUUUGCCCUUACGGAAAUGAUACUAUUCAGUUUGUUAUGGCAUUGUAAUAAGAAAAUUUAAUGAUCAUUUGAUUUUUGUACUUGGUCGAAUCAAUAUAUAUUUGUUUGUUUUUUUUUUUUUUUGAUAUAGCUUUCUUUUCGUAUGUCAGUACUACAGUUCAAUGAUCUUGAACAUAUAAUAAUAAAAAAAUAAUAAUAAAUAACUAAUAACUAAUAACAUAUUUCUUCCAUGCACAUGCAUAAAAUUCAUUUUUAAUUUAUUACUGAAACCAGUUUUUUUUUUUUUGAUUAAUCGUUUUGGAAUAAAUUUUUAAAAUAUCAUACUCAUAUGCAGUGAUGCAUUCUAUACCGUUGGUCAUUUAAACUCGUCGGCCUCCAUGUUCAUAAACUUAUUAAUAAUCUAAAACGAACAUAAACAAAAUAACAUUAUUCUCAUCCUAGUUUUUUAUCGCGAGAAAUUUAUUUUGGCGUAUGUGUGUCAAUGUUUUUAAAAUAAAUUAGUGUAGGUAACCCGAUUAUGGUCAGUAUUCAUUUCUCCAUAACGUCCUUAAAAUUGUUGUCAUUUAAUAAGUUAUUUACUUAAUAUACGUUAAUUUAUAUUUUUAUUUUUAUUUUCUUGAAAAGGAUAUUAUAAAUUCAAACGUCGUUUUUCAAGUUUUCAUUAAAGUUUUACAUUUUAACGGAAAUGUUAAAUUUAUCCAGGUAAUUUUUUGGUAGGCAGUUUAUUUGUACGGGUACACUUUGGAAAACUAUUAGGAGAACCAAAAAAUAAGUAAUGUCUCUAAAGUAUUUACCUCAUUGUUGUCGGUUAAUAACCUAUCGUUUAUGUGGAAACUUUUUGAGCAUUUUUACUAAACUAAAAAUAGCUGCAUCACUCUAUUCAGAAUCUAAAAUUACACUAUGCGAAAGCUAAUAUUUUGUCAUUCUAUUGAAAUCAUGUACCUACUAAGAUAAUAUUAUUGGAGGAAUAUUAUACUAAUAUUAGACAAUGGCAAUAUAUGAGAGUAUGACAUUCACUUGAUUGUAUGAAAUUCAAAAUCUAAUGCAUUUAUAAUAAAAAGGUUUUCUUAUUAAAAAAUAAAUAAAUAUAUAUAUAUAUAUAUAUGUUUAUUAACCUGCAACUAUUCUUUGCAUUAGGAUUAUAUUAUCUACAAUUUAUUUUUAUGUUUAUAGGAGUUACACGGGUACCGACGGCAUAUGGGAUACACGAUUAUGUCAUGGAUAGUGACGGUAAUGUCGUGUGGUGCUCUUCACCUAGCUUUUUAUUGGUGGCCAACUUUUAUGCUAUUUUCGACUCAUACGAAAUGUUCGUUGCAAAAUGCCCAAAAAAUCUUAGUGGUGGUACGUUAUAUUUAAAUUAUAUAUAUCUAUUUUAAAUAUCAGGAAUUUGUUAUAUUAGAAUUUUUGUUUUAAAAUAUGUUCGUUGUAGGAAACAUAUAAGAAAAACCAUAGAAGUGAACAUGUGGCCAAAAUCGAGAUUAUCGAUUCCUCUUCGCUGUUACCAAGGUAAGUGGGGUUUUUAGUUUUUACACUCUAGUGCGACCAAGGAGAGGAUUCCCCGAGGACCAAAAGGGCUCUCCUUAUCGCUAGACGUAAUAAUAGUGGGCCUAUUGUUUGUUGCCUAUCCAGUUAGUGCAAGACGAUUAUACUGUUACCAAUGUGUCUAUCCGUAUUGUGUUCAAACAGUGAAGCGUGUCGCGUGAAUGGCUGGGACAGAGAGGCGUACUUCGAACUCAAAUCACUCGGCGAAUCAGCAAAGCUAUCGGUGCGCACUUCAAAUGGAAUAUUCAAAGGUAUGUACAUACUUUAAAUUUAAUUAGCUAAUUUUUGUUUUAAUCAUUUUUUAUUACCUAUUAUUAAUAUAUUUUAGACCUGGAAGAAAUAAGACGGUUCGAUUUCAAGAAGUACAGAUUCAUUUGGGACGUGGACAACAAGGAGUUCUACUUGUUGACAGGAAUCGAUCAUGGAAUAGACACUCAUGAAUUACACGAACAAAAAGGAAUAUCUGCUAGGGAUCAAUAUCUUCGCCGAGCCGUAUACGGACCCAAUAUCAUUGACGUGCCAUUGCAGACCAUUUCGUCUUUAAUUUUUACUGAAGUUCUUAAUCCGUUCUAUGUAUUUGAAUUGUUUUCAUUUUUACUUUGGUAUCUUGAUGAUUAUUUAUCAUAUGCCACAGCCAUAUUUGUCAUAUCCUUAGUCAGUAUUAUAACUGCUGUAAUACAAACGCGGAAAAAUCAAAGGAAUCUUAGGAGUACUGUGAAUUCUAGUGAUGUUGCCAAUGUAUUGCGAGAGAACAGUGUUGUUACAGUUCCUACAGAAUUAUUAGUACCAGGGGAUGUUUUGGUUGUCCCCAGUCAUGGUUGUGUUAUGCAUUGUGACGCAGUACUUCUCACUGGACAUUGUAUUGUUAAUGAAAGUAUGCUUACAGGUUAGUCGUUAUCAUAAUACUAAUUUCAUAAACAUAAACUUACCGACUAUACUCCUAACCUAAUAAAAAACUAUUAUAUUUUUAUAGUAAAAUAUAGAAACAAAACUAGUAUGAAAAAAAAAGAAAUUGAAGAAUAUUCUUAUAUUUAUAUUCCGAGUGUAGCGAGAAAGCUAUUGGUUUUACUUAGAUGUCUGUUUUUUCUUUUUUUUUCUUCUAGUCUGUGGAAACAUUUUUUCAUAGUAAACUUGCUCUGAUUUUUUACGUGUAGUAACUUUUUUGAAGCUCGAGUUGUCUCUAUGGUACUUAAGAGAGGUAAUUUCUAUUAAAUAAAAGCACUUAAGUGGGAAAAAACAUAGGAAAAUGUACAAUUUCACGAUUUCAUUAUUUUAUAAAAACACUAAAAAUGUUGUUUUCUACCAUAAAAAAAUGAUUUAAUCGAAAAAUUACAAGUCACCUUUUUUUGUUGCCUUUUUAAGCCACUGAGCUUUUAAGGAAUUUUAAUUUUUAGGAGUUUUUUUGCUGUAAUUUGAUUAUAAAUACAUGUAAAGAUUUGAAACUUGUUAAUAAUACUUAUAUUGAACUUACCUAGACAUGGUCAAAUUUCCAAAACCAUUAGGUGACUUUUAUUUUUCAAUAAGCAUUUUGAAAAUUAAAUUUAAAUGAAAAUCGCCAAAAAAAAUUACAAUUGUUAUGUGUAGAUAUAAAAGUGAUUGAAUUGUUUAACAUCAUUGUUACAAUUGUCAUAAUAUAAUAAAUAUUCGUUUUAUUUUCAGGUGAAAGUGUUCCAGUUACUAAGACACCAAUACCCGGUAGCACGGAUUUAAAGUUUGAUAUAAAAGAACACGCUCGUCAUACGUUAUAUUGUGGGACAACAGUAAUACAAACUCGUUUUUAUGGUGAAGGACGAGUGUGUGCUGUUGUGGUACGCACUGGUUUCCAUACUAGUAAAGGCUCUUUGGUGCGUUCAAUACUUUAUCCAACUCCAGUCGACUUUGAAUUUGAACGUGACAGUUAUAAAUUCAUUCAAGUGUUGGCUGGCAUCGCUGCGAUUGGAUUUAUUUACACAGUGACUAUUAAAGUGUCUCGAGGACAACCAUUCUCUGCGAUAGUGAUGAAAGCUCUUGAUCUGAUAACAGUUGUGGUCCCUCCUGCGUUACCUGCUGCCAUGACUGUUGGACAGAUGUAUGCACAAAGCAGAUUGAAAGAUCAUCAUAUUUAUUGUAUUAGUCCAAGAGCCAUUAACGUAGCGGGAUCAAUUAAUUGUGUUUGUUUUGAUAAGGUAAUUCAAUUUUGAAGAUUUUAAUUUAUUAUACAUAUAUAAAUUAUAAUAUAAACUAUUAUUACAGACUGGUACCCUAACUGAAGAUGGUUUGGAUAUGUGGGGUGUAGUACCGGUAACAACAUCAAAAUUUUUACCUUGCUACAAGAACAUAUCUUCGAUGCCAGCAGAUCAUUUGCUCAUGUCGGCCAUGGUAACAUGUCAUUCUAUUACAUCCAUUGACGGAAAACUGUCAGGUGAUCCUUUGGAUUUAAAAAUGUUCGAAUCUACCGGUUGGUUACUCGAAGAACCUAAAACCAGUGAAGACAACCAAUUUGAUUUAGUAAUGCCAGUUGUUGUUCGACCACCGAAUAUACACACGUUUACCACUAUUGAACAAGUAAAAAUUUGUGUAUUUUGUAGUUUUCUUAUUUUAAAUUCCGAGCGUAAUAAGGGAACUAUUGGUUUUACUAUGUGUCUUUUUUUCUUUUAGUCUGUGGACACAUUUUUUCCUUGUAGGAAAGCGUACAAUUUUAUUAUUUUAUAAAAACACGAACAGCAUUUUCUACCAUAUAAUAUGAUUUAAUUGAAAAAUGACAAGACACCUUUUUGAUUUACUUUCUCUUAUGGUAUCAUCUCCAAACCUUUGAUUCACUUUUGAGCUUCUAAGGGGACUUAAUUUUUGGGAGUUUAUUUGCAGUAAUUCGGUUAUAAAUACAUGUAGAGACUUUAAACUUGGUAAUAAUAUUUAUAUUGGACUUACCUAGAUGUGGUAAAAUUUCCAAAAUUAGACAACUUUUUUUUUUAAUAAGCGUAUUUAAAUUAUAUUAAAAUGAAAACAGCAAAACAAAUUACGGCACUUCAAAUUAUGUAUUACCAAACUGCGCUCGGAAUCGUCUUUCGUCAACCAAUGGUUUAUCAUUACUUACAGAUAUAAAUGAAAUAACCUUAUGUACCCUACCUUCCAAACUUCUCACCUGUAAAAAUGGCCGUUCCCAUCUCCAGUAUCAGCUCUUUUUUUAAUACUUAUGUAAUAUAUAUUUUUCGACUUGAUCUGUUCUGUAGGUCGGUCAAGAAAUCGGUAUUAUUCGUCAAUUUCCGUUUAGCUCAAGUUUACAGUGUAUGAGUGUUAUAGCUAAACAUUUGUCGUCCAAUUCAACAAAUGUGUACACCAAAGGCGCACCAGAAAAAAUCUUAAGCCUGUGUAAUCCGAGUUCUAUUCCGUCCGAUUUUGAUCAAGUAUUACAACGAUUUACCAAACAGGGAUAUCGGGUGAUUGCAGCCGGUUACAGGGCAUUAAAGAACAAUUUGAGUUACGUGAAAACUCAAAGAUUAACCAGGGAACAAGCAGAAUGCAAUUUGACAUUAUUAGGAUUGAUCAUUUUGGAAAAUAGACUAAAGCCAGAGAGCGCCGGUGUAUUGGAUACUUUACGUUCUGCAGACAUUAGAAUAAUUAUGGUCACUGGAGAUAAUAUGCUGACAGCUUUAAGUGUCGCAAGAGAUUGUGGUAUUGUUUUGUCGACAGAAGAUGUUAUCUCUGUGCACGGAACUACUGUGCCACCUUAUUUAUAUUUUAGUGCAGCUGAUAUGGCUGUUAACCAGACAAUCAAUUCAAAUUCAAUUGUAAGUAGUAUUUCAAGUACCUACCUAAAUGGAUUAUCUAAUUAUAUUAAUUACUAAUUAUUAUUAACUAAUUGAUUUUUGUAGAAACUAAACCCUGUAAUUUCACCGACUUCUGCAAACUUCAAUAUGGAUAUGUUAGAAGCUGGACUAUUGAGCCCCCCAAGUACAACUGCUAAUACGCCAAUCAAGUAGGUUUUAAAUAAUGAUUUUUAUUAUAAUGGACUAAUGUUGAUAGUCUUAUAGAAAUUCUCAAAGAUAUACAUUUGCCUUGACUGGAAAAACGUGGUCAUUGCUCAGACAAUAUUGCCCAGAACUUAUACCAAAAAUUAUUACUAGAGCGUCUGUCUUUUCACGCAUGAGUCCUGAUCAAAAACAACAACUCGUACAAGAGUUGCAGGGUAUUGGAUAUUAUGUUGGUAUGUACAUUUAUAUUUGUUAAAAUUAAAACUAAACAAAAACCAAUAAUAUAUAAUUUUUUUUUUGUAAAUUAACAGCUAUGUGUGGUGACGGAGCUAAUGAUUGUGGGGCCUUAAAAGCGGCACACACUGGUAUAUCGCUGAGUGAAGCGGAAUCGUCUGUAGCUAGUCCAUUUACGUCACGUAAAGCGUCUAUUGAGUGUGUUGUAAGGGUGAUUCGCGAAGGUCGUGCUGCUUUGGUCACUUCUGUCGGUAUCUUUAAAUUUAUGGCUGGUUAUUCAUUGGUACAGUUCCUGUCGGUCAUCCUGCUUUAUUACAUCGACAGCAAUCUAUCAGAUUUCCAAUAUCUGUACAUUGAUCUGUUUAUCAUAUCGCUAUUUGCGUUUUCCAUAAGUCGUACACCAGCCUAUGAAGGACCUUUGGUCAAACAGAGACCCGAGACAUCACUUGUCUCAGUGUUGCCAUUGACAUCUCUCAUCGGACAAUUACUGAUAUCUCUUACAAUUCAGUUGAUCAGCUUCGUAGCGAUUCGAUAUUACAACUGGUUUGUGCCAUACAAACAUAGUGAAGAUGAAACGUCAUUAGAAAGUUAUGAGAACUAUGCUGUGUUCAGUGUAUCAGCAUUACAAUACAUAAUUAUUGCUCUAGUUUUUAACAAGGGACCACCGUACAGACAGGGUUUAAAAUCAAACUGGUGUUUAUCCAUCAUAUCAGUAGUUAUGGUAGUGUUUACCAUUUAUUUAUGCAUUUCACCGUUUGAAAAAUUAAGAUGCAUGUUUGAACUAAAAAUUCCUCCAAACUCCUUUUUUUAUGUAUUUUUAAUACUAGGGUUGACAAAUUUGACACUGGCAGUAUUACAUGAAAAAAUACUGUGUGACCGUUUACUCGUCAAAUUUUUAAGUUCUCGGUAAGACAAAAAUAUUUUAUUAUUUAUCACUGUAAUAUAUAAUUAAAUAUAAACAAGCUGUUGUUCAUUCUAGUUCUCAUAAGAAUAAAAGUUGGUUAAAGUCUUACGCUGGGGUUGAGCAUGAGCUUCAGAAAAUGUCAGAUUGGCCUCCAUUGAGUAACGAUCGUUUCUGUUCAUCUUCAUCGUCACCAUUUUCGUACACUUCUCCUGAACAUCUAUCACCAACUGUUCGUUCAAUAGUGCAACCCAAUGGUAUUGCAUAUUACUAAUUAUUAUGAAUAUUAUCAUAUUAUUUUGAAAUUUCAAAUAAAUAUUUUUUUAUUAAUUUAGGAUGUUCAGUCGGGAAUGGUGUGAAUUCGGUACAUCAUCGUUUUCAUUCAGAAAGCGAAGAUUCAAAUUAUGCUACUCCUGCUGGUAGUUUACAACACAUUUGAUGAGUGUUUUUUUUUUCCGAACAAUAUUUGUACUUAAGAUAGUUACCCGUAGAUUUUUUUUUUUUUACUUUAGAAUAGUGUUUAUUUUGUACGUAAAAAUAUUUCAAAGUAAUAUUAUAUUUUCAUACAUUACUUUUGUCAUGUAAAUUUUUUUAAAAAAUUUUUAUUACCAUUUACACUAUGAUCUAUACAGCGGUUGACUUGGGAGAAGUGUAAGGGUACAAUGAAUAGCCCAGCUAAAAACUCUAUUUCAGCAUACGCCUACUUAAUUUUUAGCAGUAUGGCAUAAGAUAGUUUUUAUUUUUAAUAAUAAGCCAAUGACCCGUUGCAACAUACUUUAUAGUAUGAUAAUAAUUAUUUCUAAAAAAUAUUUUAUUUAAAAAUAAACAAAUUUGUAUUUAUUUAAACAAAAAUUAGUAAUACUUCUAAAUAAUAACUAAAAUGACUACACAUUACUAAGAAUUGUAUAGGUUUUGUUAAUUAUAGAAGUUUUCAAUAAUAUUUUCUAGGCAAGUAGGAGUCUCAUAUUUAUAUCCUGUGCCAGUCAUCAUUUUAGAAAUCCAGCUUUGAGAUACACAUAAACUUAUUCAUCUACUUGUGUAUUUAAAUUUUCAGAUUUCUAUGUGGUCAUAGAUUUGGCUGUGAAUCACCCACAGACAAACAGCUAAUACUUUAUUUUUUAACAUUGAAUCAGUUUUUUUUUUAUAUACUGUAUAUUUCUAUAAUACAAAAUUGGUGGGGUAAAUUCAAUUCUAGUAUAGCUAUGCUGUUUUUUUUUGUUAUAUCAAAGAACCCUAAAUAUUUUUUUCCCAAGUCUACCAAUAGGUCUACAUAAUUAUUGAUUACGACACAACUCUUAUAAUGUAUUCUGUUUUUAGCAAAUUAAAGGUCAAAAAUAAGUAUUUUAUGUUAAUUAAUAUUUUUUGAAUGUAACUAACAGUGUUUUAUUAAAAACUAUACAGCUAGCUAUUUUAUAUGAAAACAAAAUAUUAAUUAUAUAAUUUUAGGAAAUGUGUAUGUGUCUUAAUUAGUUUUUUGUCAGUGCAGUAUUGUUGGAUUAUUGAGUAUAAUAUUAUGUAUUUUUUUUUUUGUUAAUAAAUUAUUUUAAUGAUAAAUAAAUUGCAGUAUUGGGAUUAUUUAGUUUAUUUUAAUUACCAAACACC